AUGAACAUUCCUUUCACGCUCCGGGACCACUUCCCAUCGCUCAACAAAGCUGUGGAAUCCUUCAUCUUUCGUAAUGUGUGCGCUACCGUUUGCAUUUUUAGUAAUGAAACUCGCCUGGGCAUUGUGACUGGCAAGCACUUAGCCCAGGUCUGCCGCGAGUCCUAUCCUCCUCAGAUUUGUGCUCUCCUAUGGGUGCUAUGCGAGAUUUCCAUUGUUGCCUUGGACCUCACAAUGCUGCUUGGCACCGCGAUCGGUCUGAACCUGCUGCUGGGUUGGCCACUACUGCCCUGCAUCCUCCUGACGUCCCUGGACGCGCUGCUGCUACUGCUCCUGGUACCGGCUCAAGGCGUUAAGAAGAGCGAGGCGCUUACCGUUGGCCUCUUGGCCAUUGUGGUCGCGUGCUUCCUAGUGGAUCUCCUCGUAUCCAGGCCGCCGCUGCGCUCUGUGGUUUCGGGGCUGCUGCCGCGCCUGCGCCGCGACUCGGUCUACACGGCCGUGUCGCUGUUGGGCGCCAACGUCAUGCCCCACAAUUUCUACCUGCACAGCGCAUUGGUUUCGGGGCAGGCGGCGAAGGCAGCGGCAGCCGCGGGUGGAGGGCAAGCAGGUGGUGACGGCAUUCAGGGGCACAUACGUACGCUGUGUCUGUACAACUUUCUGGACAUUGGCGCGGCGCUCGGAGUGGCGCUGGUGAUCAACGUGGCGCUGCUGCUGGUGUCGGCGGCCACGUUCCACUCCGCAGGCGUGGUGGUCCACACGUUGCAGGCGGCCCAUGACCUCAUGGAGCAGACCUUGAGCAGCUCAAUCGCUCCGGCGGCUUUUGGUACCGCGCUGCUGUGUGCGGGACAGCUGUCCACUUUUACAGGCACUAUUGCGGGCCAGGUGGUUCUCCAGGGCUUCCUGAACAUCCACAUCAGCACAUGGCUGCGUCGGCUCAUCACGCGCACGGCGGCCAUCAUACCGGCAGCCGUACUGCAGUACGUGUACGGCGACCGCGGCACCUACAAGUACGUUGCCUGCGUACCCCUGCAGCCCCUUGUGCGACAAUCACGGACCUUACGUUUUUGGGAAUACCAAAGCUCUCUCUGGACGUUUCUACUCAUCGCCCAGGUGGUGUUGGCUCUGCAGCUGCCGGUGACCCUGGUGCCCCUCAUCAAGGCCACCUCCAACCGGCAGCUGAUGGGCUCCCACGCCUCCAGUCGGCUGAUGGCCGCUGCCGCCUGGGGUGCCACUGGACUGGUGUUCCUGGCCAACCUGAUGCUGUUCGUGACACAGAUGCUGCCGGAGGUGUCCCGAGGGAGAGGUAUUCUCGACAAGGACGGUCCCCUGGAUGCGUGGAUUGACCGGGUAGCGUCUUUGGCGUACAGCGACCCCCUGCGCGCCGUGGGCCUUGUGGGGCUGCUGGUGGCUGCCUCAGCCUUCCUGGCGCUACAGCUCUGGAUGAUUGUGACGCCGCUGCGUGUGGACGUAUCGUCAGCAUCGUCGUCGUCGUCGUUGACGCCGGCGUCAAUGGCGUCAUUGUCGCAGGAUGACGGCUGUACGGGCCUUUCGCCGACGUGGCAUGAUGGCGGGGCCUGUGGCGGUAGUAACAUCGGGGCCACAGCGUCUUCUGGAUUUGGGGUGAAUAGUGUUGACGGGGAGCAGCGGGCCGCUGCCGCCGCACGGGGAAUUUCGCAGUGGUGGUACGGCGGUGGCGGUGCAGGAUUGCCGCGAUCGUUCGACGGGAGAGCGGGAAGCCGCUGGUAUGUUUUUUGGGGAAGCCGUGGCGGCGGGAGUCGGCGGUCGGCGCAGCAGCUUGCGGUGCAGGUCUACGGACGCGGGAAGUCGUACAUUUCUGUCGAACCUGUACAACAGGCAGCUGGGCAACAAGGACCGCCAUGGCUACAGCCGCCGGUGCAGCCGCAAUGUGUUGAUUCAUUGGGGGGUUUGAGUGGAGCACCGGACAUGUCGGCAUCUUCAGGCACUUCAUCGUCUUUUGCCGUUGCGGCCGCAGCUUCUGCCACGGCCUCCACCGCUGUCUACGGCACCAGCUGGGUCCCACCCAGAUCCGCCAUUGUAACGGUGAUCGGCUCAGGUCUCCGCCCGUACGACUCCAGUACGGCGUCAGCCGAUUUGGCGCUUCUGCACCUGCCAUGGAGGCCACGGGAGAGGUACCACCGUCGCCUCAGUGGCUGCUUUUACAGCGAAGGCGACAGCAAUGGAGAUAGCAGCGCCAACGAUGUCAGCGAUGCCGAGGAGGACGAGGCCAACGAGGCGGCGGGUACCUCCAUCCGCUCCCGCCUGGACAUCGCGCCGGUACAGCAUUUGUUGGGCUCUGCCAUCGAAGGGCUUCAAGAAUCGAGGGACGACGUUUCAAUGGACAUCGUAAUGCGUAAGGUUCGAGUCGUGGAUCCUGGAGGUGUCGUUCCAGUGACAGAAGUCCAGGAGCGGCAGGGGCCCGUUACCGGCGAGAUGUCGCCGGCAGUAGGCACGAUGGUGCAAGCGAAUCGGUGCAGCAGCAGCAGCGUCAGUGGUGGAUGCACCAGCAUUACGAUCACGAGCAGCGCAACCGCGGCUACUGCUGCUGCUGCCGAUACUACUGCCAACGUCGGUUCAGAUGAUUCGGAAACAGGAGGACGACGGGAGCGGCAGCGACUGCGGUUACCUGGCCAAACACCCGCCAACUCAGCUGUGACGACCGCCGCUGCCACCGCCGCUGCCGCCACUGGCGUCAGUUGCUCCGGGGGCGCCACGGCCUACGUUUACACCGACGCUGAACUCCCGGCUGCAGCUGACCGGACGGCCUUGCGGUUUGUUGGUGAAGGAAAGGUCGCGGAGCCGGUUUCUAGUGGCAUGACGGCGCCGCCACCACACCAUUUGAAUACGGCUCCAAAAGUUGAAGCACGCGCGGCCGCUGUCAACGUUGACAGAGGCAGCAGCGGCGGCAGCGGAGGAGGAGGCACAGGCGGUAUUUUGCAGCGGCCGAAGCACCCCGUUGCGCGGGGGACCCGUCCCAAGUUUGCGAGGAUCCUCGAGGACUUCUGGGCGUCGUUUUAUGACGCUCACGGCCGGCCGGUGUGUAGGGCUAGAGAGGCGGCCGCCCUGCUGCGGCCUCCGCAGGCGCAUGUGCAGCAGGAGGUGCGGCGGCACGAAUGCGUGCAGAGGUCAGACAGGUCCGGCACAGGUGCAGAUGGAGGCAGCGGUGGCGACCGGGACCAUGUCGGGACUUGUUACCCAGCCAGCAGCGACCCCGGCAGUAGCAUUGGGGCCUAUGAGGCCAACGGCAGCGCCGCCGCCGCGGCAGCAGCUGCGACUACGCCUGCCGCGACAGCCAUGAGCGUGUCGGAUGUCCCCCUGUGUUCGCCGCUGCUUUGCAGUCAUACAGAUGGCAGUCACCUCUGCAUGGGCUGCAGCCAGGCUCUGUUUGAGUCGGUGAGGCAGUGCCUGAGGGCUCUGGAGGAGCUGAAGGAGGUGUUGGAGACCCUGUGGGGCUGCUGGCCCCUGCAGCUGGUGAUGCCUUCGGACAACCAGACGUUCCAUUACCACCGCGCCAUUCUUCUAGCUGCCCGCAACGCUGACUUUAUCGCCCUACAGGCCUUAUGUGCCGGGACGUACAGCAGCCACGUGGACCAGUCCAAGCUGCUCGCAUCCACGCCGUUGCUGCGGUCGCAGACCGCAGUCCGCCCACUGCCGAACCCACCGGCAGGUCCGGUGGUGACGGAGCCCCUUCUGCCGGCCCCGGCUGCACCGUCGCCGGCUGGGUGUCAUGAUCACAACACGAACGCCAGGUCCAACUUAGGGUUCUUUCAACAGCAGCACCCGUACCCGCACCCGCAUCACCAGCAGACGCAGAAUGCCAGAGGACUUCAACAGCAGCCGUUGAUGCAGCAACCUCUGGCACAGCCUUGGUCGUGGUGGGCCGGGCAGGGCCGGAUGGAAUCUACCAGCAUUAGCACAAGCUGCAACAGCGUAGACAUCACAGACAGCACCUUGGCCUCUUGGAGCCAGGCGGAGGCAUCUACCCGGAUGAAUAGCCGGCACCACCUCGACGCCGACGGCGAAGGGAGGAGCGCCAGAUCCACCAGCAUCUCCGAAACCAUCACCACCAGCGUCGCAGGAUGGGCCCGGAGUGGUUUCGGCGCUGCUGGGCCCCCAGCCGCGCCGCGCCUCCUAUCCUCUUCCUGCCUUUCUCCUCGUGGCCCCCCUGGAGCAAUGCCUUCUGAGCCGGAGCCACCGGUUCCGCAGGCACCGCCGGCGGCGCGAACUCAUCCGAAAGCGCCCCUGCCGCUGCCGUGGCAGCAGCAGCCGUCGCCGCCUCCGGUGUCGCAGCUUGUCCCGCUAGGGCUGGUUGCGCCUCCGCCCACGUUUAGCUCGUGGUGCGUAUUUGGACCGGCGGUGCUCAUCAGCUUCGGUAUCUGGUCGGUGUUUACGCUAGCGCAGUGGUGUAUGGCGGACUCGAGGCCAGCUCAUUGGGGCCACUACGCCUCUGUACUGAACCGGCUGCAGGGCGUGCUGCGAGAUGCACGCCUGGAGGUUACGGCGAUGGCAGCGACGGCAUCGGUGGCGGAGGCGGUGACGGUCGCACUGGAGGAACUCUUCACCGGUGAUGUCGGUGCUGCUGCUGGUGGUGGUGGUGACGGCGGCCGCGGCUACACGUUGCCGGCUUCAGCGCCGGCAUCGGCCCGGUCCACUAUCGCUCCCUCGCAACUACCGCAGCACCAAUACCAUCAGAUGUUUCCUUCUGGUACUGGUACUGGUGCUUCUACCACUCAGCCACUGCAAGUAAAGCACCAGCAUCAGCACCAGAGCCAACAGAACCUUGGCGGCAGGAUGGGCGUGGGGCAGCGGAGCAGCACGCGGGUUGGCGGCCAUCCACUUCUUCAACACGCGUCCGUCCGUCUGCACGAGCAGCCUCAACAGCUGCUUCUUCAAGAGCAGCAGCAGCGGCGGCAGCAGCUGCAGUUGGCUCAUCCUUUGCCUCCAACUGCCCUGCGCCUAUGCCCCAAGCACCUGGACUUGCUGCGGACGGAGCUGCUGCAGCAGCUGGAGGGAAUGGAGGCGUAUGUGCUGGGCCGCAGAGGCCCCGCGGAGACGGCUGCAGGCCAGGUGGCAUUCCCAAAGGCCAAGGAGAUCGUGGCGUCAGUCAUGCGCCGCUACCGACGGAAACUGGGAGCCGGCACGGGCGUAGGAGCCAACUCGACUACAGCAGCAGCAGCUGUUGCUGCGGCGGCGGCGGCUGGUGCUGGUGCUGGAAAUUCGUUGCGGGUCACAACCGGCGGUGCAGAAGUUGCUGAAUGUUGUCGUGUGCAUCAAGCUCCUGCCGUCAGCACUGAUGUCUCAGUAGCGAGGCAGCAGAACGCAGCGCGCUUGGCUGCCGAUGCUGGUGGGGUCUUCAGCCAGGACGAGUCUUCAGCCACGGCUGGUUGUCCGUUUGGGCAGCCGUUGGGACGCGGUGCAGGCUCUGGCUGGGGUUUUGAUUCUCUAUUUUGUUGGUGACCUUUUACCCUGCAUCUAUACGUUGUUCGGACUAAUGUAUUGAGUCCCUAAGUGACAUAUGCAGGCCCGAGGGUUUUUGACUAUAAUCACUAUGCUAGCAUUUUCGCGGCCGUUUCGCAGCCGUCCUGUAGAAUAUACGUGUUCCUUUCUUGGCUCCGUAUAUUCUUUUUCCAUCGUGGUGCUUCCACAUUUAACCUGCCCGGCCGCCAUACCCAUUGGAAGAGCGUCUCCGGCUUUUAAAUGCAUGGUCCCAUGAGACCAUUGUGCGUGUGUGUUUCAAUGAACUUCGGAGCAUUGCCGAGGAGGGAUCUGCCGAUGGUGGUACACAAAUAACUUUUUUUACUGCACCGAGCUCCGAAUAGCGCCAUCAGCGGCGUGGUGGACUUUUCCGACAAUUAACAGUAGACGUAGCUGGAAUUUUCCAAGGAGGAGAUGUUGAAGAGAAGCUCGUGAUAUCAGGAGUGUGUGAGGGGCCCGCGCAUGUGGCUUAUUUUCUGAGAAUGCUAUGUACUGAACUACAUCAGUCAUGAGAGUUCGAGAAUGUUGGGGUAUACGAGUAUGCCAAGUAAAAUCCGUUGGUGGCAGUUCAUCUGACAGAGAGAGAAGUCAUGCUGCGUUAUGUAGGGCAUAUGCCGCAAAUGCACUAAGGACCGGCUGGGGAAGUGCACUGCUGGCAAACGGCUCCGCAUGCUGCGUGAGUGACCACUUGUCAAGGGGGGCCCUGCUACUCAAAAGUCUAACCACGCAAGCUGCUAGGAUGCUGCCCGUGUUUGGAACCGGUGCAUAAGAGAGGUGAUUUGCGGGAAGAUAGCCUUUGUCUGUAAUCCAAAUCCUUG